AUAUGGAUCGAUAUUCCAUUAUAACUGACAAUAUGCUUUUGUCUGUCCACUAACUAAAUAAACAUGUAUGACCCUGUUGUCACAUGACAUUACAACCAAUCAUGUUAAGAAUGGCUAAUUAUUGGUUCAUGUGUAUUAGUCAUUUUCAUAUAUACUUUUGUACUGGAUUCUUGUUCAUACUUGUCCGUACAUUUCGUACUUAUUCACUCACACUUUUGUGUGAUAUUUGUUUUCCUUGUCUGGAAAGUACAAGUAUCAUCGUAAACCUAGUGGUCUUCUGAUCUCCCUCUUUCCGCGUCAGGACUAUUAACUACUCGACGGAUUGAAUAUUUCGAUGAACAAUUAUUAUAAGAUUCCUUUAUAUCUACUGAAAAUACGUCCAUGCAUUAUCAUACCUCACUGUAGUGGACGUUAUUUACCUCCUGGUACACUUUAUCGUCCACAUCAUGAGCGUUUCGAUGAAAACUGUGAGCGAAGACCUCUACCGCAUCCAGAAACUCCACGAUUUCAAGAGGUCGCCUUGACAGAUCCGAGGAAAAAGGCAAAACUUUCAGGAAAGAGACCAUUCCAUAUGAUUUGUGAACCUAAUGAAGUGUACUGGUGGUGUUCUUGUGGCCAUAGUAAACGUCAACCAUUCUGUGAUGGGCAUCAUAUCCGUAUAUUGGGAGCGAACCCAGCUUUUAAAAUCAACAAGCCAGAGUUCAAACCAGUUCGUUUAGUUUAUAAACAACGAAGUGAAGUAUGGUUCUGUACUUGUAAGCGUACUUCAGAACCGCCGUAUUGUGAUGGAAGUCAUAACUGCGAAGAAGUACAGUUUCAAAUAAAACAAUGAAUAGCACUUGUCUCAGUAAUCUUCAAUUUGUCGUCAAAAAUGAAAGCCAACCUAUGUACAGUCUUAUAUAAACGCUUUUCAAAUACAGAAAAUAGUACGCCUCUACUGCCUUUUCUUCAGAUGUAAUUACGCUGUAAAAACAUCUCUGUCUGUUUUCUUGAUUGUAUGGAGGAGGCUGUUAUAUGUUGAAUACUCAAAGUAGGUAGUGUUGAACUGCUUGAUACCCUACCAAUUGUACUACAAAACUCAGUCAUUAAUGAGGUCCUAGCAUAUAAAUUUCUUCAUUAUUAUACCACUCACUAAUCCAAAUUAUCUUAUUAAAAUGCAAGCUGUAGCCAACUGAAUUCCCUAGUUGGAUUGUUAGAGCUCUGAGUUAAUAAUCUAGUGACUGUUAGUCUGAAUCUAAACGAUACUCCGAUUUCGUCUCUACAUUAUGUCUGAUUUUAUUCUAACUUCAUUUCCACUUUUUUGCUUAAGGUUGUUGUUUUUAGUUUCCUUUAUAUAAGUAUGAGUAAAAUAUAUCCUUAUGAAGUCUCUUUUAUAUUUAAUUCAUUCAUAGUGAAUUUUUUAUUCCCAUCCAUGCUAUUAGAAACUACGCAGUAUUGAAUCCAGUUUUAGUUUGAAUUAUAUAUUCGUUCACUCAUCAUCUUUCUACAAACCACAAAUGUAUAUUCGUCUGUCGUUCAUCUACUUAUU